UAGUAGUACAGAUGUUGACAGAGCUCUUCUAGUGAAACACGGCAUUUCUGCGAUUCACACCACAACCUGGACUGUUUUUGAAAGAUUCCCCCUUCGCAUUUUACAUUCAUCAUGGGGAAAAUUGAAGGCGGAAUGAAGUGCGUGAAAUACCUCCUCUUCAUAUUCAACUUUAUAUUCUGGCUUAUGGGGUCACUGGUUCUGGCUGUGGGUCUCUGGCUGAGACUAGAUCCAAAUACUGUUUCACUGCUGGGGGAAGACGGUCCUGAAACCUUCUUUAUUGGUGUCUAUAUCCUCAUCGUGGCCGGUGGUCUGGUGAUGCUGGUGGGCUUCUUUGGCUGCUGUGGUGCCAUGAGAGAGUCCCAGUGUCUUCUUGGAUUGUUUUUCACCUCUCUUCUGAUCAUCUUUGGAUCAGAAGUUGCAGCAGGAGUGUUUGGUUUCCUCAACAAAGACAAGAUCAUUGAAGAAAUAAAAACGUUCUAUAAUGAGGAAGCAAGAAACAACAGCAACAAUACAACAGUCCAAUCCUACCACACCAUUCUGAACUGCUGUGGCUCACCUUCAGUAAACCCCACUUUGUGCCAAAACGUUGCAUCAAACCAGACAUGUGAUGUGGCUAUUGAGGAGUUUUUCAACAGUAAGCUCUUCAUCGUGGGAUACGUGGGAAUUGGAAUAGCAGGAGUCAUGAUUAUUGGCAUGAUCUCCAGUAUGGUUCUGUGCUGUGCAAUCCGAAACAGCAGGGAGAUCAUAUAACACACUCCUCAUCCUCUCCUUUGACACUUAACCUCUGCUAGACUUUCAUAUACAACAAUAACAUUCCGACCAAGUACAAGGUGUAAACUCAGAAAACUUACUCCACUUUCAGAAUUCUCAAUAACUCCCAAUAGAUAGUCCAGCCCUCAUUUCUUUUACUUAAUCGCAUUGCUGGAUUGUCUUUAUUUAUUUGCCUGCUUGUUAGGUGCAUAGCUGAAUCUUUCAAAUGCAACAUAAAUAAGGCACCUUUGUGUUAUUCCUGAAAUCAUUAAUAUAAUUUAGGUUUUGAUUUAUAUUUCAUACACACUGAUCAUCUCGGUCUCCAAACCAAGAACUUUGCAGUGCUAUUCUUAGCUGUUGCUGUGUGGCUUCACUUGCUAGAUAAAAAUAUUAUGUAAUGUGAAGCCAGGGUUUCUGUGGCAUACCCAUGGCCAGUGAGAUCGGUGAUAAAAAGACAGCUCUGACUCGGAGACACCUUUCAAUGUGCUUUUGUACACAAAUUAGUUUACAUUAAAUAGUUUACUAAGUCACUUUCAGCAUGCAAAUAAAUUAGUUUACGAAGGUUCAAAAAAACAUGCUCGCAAAACUCUAAACUCAAACAUUGGAGGUCUUUAGAAGAAUCUUUGUAUCAUUUUUAUCUGAAGACCUUAUGUCCAGUAAGAUCUAAAAGUAAGGGUGAAUCUCUAAGUAUUGUUUCACCUCUGAAUUUAUUCAUAAUCCAGACGAAUUGAAGGACACCGAUCACUUUUACACACAUUCCCAGCUUGGCUUUGUUUUGCAUUGGAAUGCUUAAACCUCACCGGCAAGAUGAUCAGGUUUCUGUUAUGCAACAGCUGAGCUCAUCUGCAGCCCCCACUGAUAGUGGUGCACCAAGUUAUCCUAGAGCUUGAUGGAGCCAAAUCUUCUCAUUCACAUGGUGGAUCUUUGGGUGUAGAGUUGCAAGGUUAUUUCAGUGCCUUUUGCCUUCUACCGUCUCUCUGUGUUUGCAUCCAACCAUCAUCUUCUUUCGGCUGCUCCGCCACAGCAGACCAUCUAUGAUCCGCAUAUUUGUCUUGGCACAGGUUUUACACUGGAUGCCCUUCCUGACGCAACCCCCUCUCUGCAUCCAACCAUCUACACUGUCAAAAUAAAGCUGACAGUAAAUGCAAUGGAUUAUGCAUGCAUUUACAUGUUUUAAAGCAUUCAGUCCUUGAUUCAUUCAACAACUGAUCUAGGAUAGUUGACAUCAGAGGUGUAAAAAGUACAGAGAAAUUAUACUGAAGUUAAAUGAUGUGUAGUUUGUCCAAAUUUUACUCAAAGUAUCUAGCCAAAAAUAUGCCCACGUUUCCACAUUGAAUUUUACUUAAAGCUGGAGAGUGUAAUUUCUUCACAACUGGCAACCAAACAAAAAUAAUGAAUGUUUAAACAUGAUUUCCAAACACAGUCUCGUCUCCCAACUGUUGGGGAAAAAAAUAGAUAUACAUAUAUAAGGGAGACCGGGGCUAAUUGUCACAUGUGGGUCACAUCCCAUCACAACCACCAAAAUAAAAUCUGUACCUCUCUUUAAAUGUGCACCUGCAUUAAACAGCCUAUUAUAGUCUUUUCAGCAAAAUGUAAAAAGUAAAACAAUUAUAAGGCACGAAACGAUUCAUGAAACAAAAAAAAUGGAAAAGGUAACAUCUUAGCGUUUUAACCAACAAAUAUUGUACUUGAAAAAAUGUUUAUACAUUCACGAAGUACUUUCUAAAUUGAAUAUGUUAGUUUAAGCAUGAACUUGAAAAUAUUAAGUAAAUUCAACAUUCAAACAUACUCUAGCUUAUAAGUAAAUAUUAUUUAUGAUUGUUUGUUAUUUUUACAAUGUGUCAUCAUGUAUUAAUCCUAAAGUAGAAAACAUUGUCAUAUUUAUUUGGUAAUUUGGUCAAAUUUCACUGGUAAAUAAAAUAAGUAAAUUUUACUUAACUUUUCGAAGUUGGUGUUUGCAGCAUGCGCUGGGCUUGAAUAAUAUCUGCAAGUUAAUUUACACCGUUUUUAUUGUUAAUUUUCUUGUUACAUUUGGUAACUUCUUGUUUUGUGCAGUUUUUUUGUUCAUUUUCUACUCAGAAUUACCCGUUUAUGAUCCAAAACAAAAUAAUCCGUUGAUUUAUUUUUUAUUUUUUACAUCAUGGAGUUUUGUGCACCAAGUAUUGAGGUAUGUGUGUGCAACUCUAUAUCUUGUUCCUGUCGCCAGUAAUGCAGGGUGAUGUCGUCUCAUAGACAAUGUAGCAUGCAUUAAGUUUCCCUGUGUGAGGCUUCCAUAUGUUCAAAACGAGACAUAUCAAAUAUUAAACAUAAAACAUAAUAAAAUGUUAAGUGAAAUGUUAAUAAAAGUUAAGUUUACUCACUCACUUUAAUCAAUAUUAUGUCAUGAAGUUAAGUAGAUUUUACUUAGUAUUAUACCAUUACGAUUUACUUAGAAAAACUGUGUGCAAAAUCUUGCGGAAAAAAAAAAAUUAAGCAAAUCUUACUACUCAUUUUUUCAGUGCAUGUGACAACCUGCUCCAAUAGAAAAGUGACAACAUGCCCUGACUUGACUUUCAUGAAAAAUACCUUUGUCUUAAAACCUUUCAGUAAAAACCUGUCUUCAUUAUAUUUUUAACCUUUCCUGAAUGUAUUCCAGUGUGGUGCAAUUAUGUUCACUUAUUUACUCAAGAGCUAUAACAAAAAUAUGAUGAUAGGUGAAAUUUACAUUGGAGUAGAAUUCACUAAAAUUAUUAUAAUUGAAGAGGGUUUUGAGCAGUGUGUUUGAAACCAACAUAAAAACCUCUGCUAGACAAAACUGAAAUAUAUGUUAUUGAAAAAUAACAUAUUCCUUUGACAACUAGCCCCGGUCUCCCCUAUUCUUUGUACCUCAAAUGCCUAAUGAAAUUGUAAGGAAUAAAAAGUAUGGUUUUUACCUUAGAAAUAUCAUUGUGUAAGAUUACAAGUAUUCAUUUUCUAUGAAAUUCCCCAAAAUAAUACAUUAAGUACAAUUACUCAAUUACUUUACACUCCUGGUUCACAUUUCAAGCUGUUUCAGUAGUGUCUUGCAUUUUUUGAUAAAUAUUGUGUAAUAUACUGUACAUGCAGUUUUUAUGACCUCCUGACUGAGAAACUGCAUGGAUUAUUUGUGCUUUAAAAAAAAGUCAUUUUUCACAUGGCAGGACUUUAUAGGGAACUGCAAAAUAAAAAAAUAAAUAAAAAAAGGGUGAUUAAAAAUGGUGAAAAAUCUAAAAGACAUAGUAACCAAUCACAGCGCCUACUGCCUAAAGUUCAGAUGUUGAAUUCAUUUUUAUGGACACUUUAUGUCAAUUACCCUUUAACUUCAGAUUUUGAAUGAAUCAAUAUUACCACGUAACUUUACUGAAAUGAUUUGAUCUUGGCUCAGUCAUGACGUACUUCUUUAAACAGACAUAAAAGGUCAGUGUUUUCACAGAACACACUCUGUACAUAUCUAUUUGAGUUUUUGAUUCUCAUUAUAAGUAUAGUGAUCAUGAAGAUCUGUAUUGUCCAGCUUGUGGUCAGUGUAAAUGUUGUUUUAUAAUAUUUUGCAGGGUGCAUUUUUUAUUUUUGUUUAUUCGAAAAGACAGCGUAGAUGGAUAAUUCACCCAAAAAAUGAAAAUUCUGUCAUUUACUCCCCAUAAUGUUGUUCCAAACACAUACUGUAUGACUUUCUUCUGUGGAACACAAAUGGAGAUGUUAGGCAGAAUGACAGCCUGAGUCACAUUUGACUUUUAUUGUGAAGUUUCAAUUUUAUUUUUAUGUAUAUAAAAAAAAAAAAAAAAAAAAAAGAUGCAAUGACAGUGAAUGGUGACUGACUGAACAUCCUGCUUACUGUAAUAUCUCCCUUUGUGUUCCACAUAAGAAAGAAAGUCAUAUGGGUUUGAAAUGAUAUGAUGGUGAGUAAAUGACAGGAUUAAAAUUUUUUGGAUGAACUAUACUUUUUAAUAUUUUACUGAAUGAUCUAUUACAAAAGAUUUUGAUGAGGGACAAAAUCUGUAUUUUUUUGGCUGGCGUUGGUUGGUUGGUGUGUUAUAUUUCUGCUGGUGCAUUACUGCUGAAGUUGAAGUGGCAAUAGAGUAGUGAUUAGAGUAAAAUGUAGCAUGAGCAAGUCUAAGGGGGGGGGUGGAUUUUGAUGCCCUGGUUGGAUAGCGACCAAUACCAAUUCCACCCUUUUCCUGGUCAGACAGAGAAACAAGAGAACCUGUUACCCACCCUACAGGUAAAAUGACCCCCCAAAGAUCUCAUCCUAGUACUGUUCUUGAACCGUAGUCACUGCUAAAGUAGCGUAACACAUGAAACAGUUACAACCUUCUUCAAAGUGUUCAGUUCACAUUCAAUGUUGAUGUAAAUCUGUAUUAUCCUUUUACCUAAAAGCAACCCAAUUAAAUUGUGGUUGUUCAGACUGUAAAAUAAUUAGUAUGGAAUGUGUAGUGUGGCUCUGUUGUAAACAUUUUUUUUAUUUAAUUCCUACAGUUUGUGUAAACAAUGUAGAGAUGUUUUUGUACUGCAAACAUAAAUAACACUGCAGCUUUUUUUGAUGUUGGUGUUUAUAAAUUGUGUGUUUAAUUUAUUUUUUGGAGAACAAGUCAAGUUAAAACAACAUUCAAGUUUCUCAGGAAUAUUGCUGCAUGAGAACAAAUAAACUUGUUUGAAGUUG